CCCUCUUUUGUUUUUUUUUGUCUUUUUCCUUUUUAUUUAUUAGCAUUUUACCCCGAAUUAGAAUCUCGAAAUUCUCCGGUGCGACCAGAGGAUCGACGCAAUGGAGGGAACAUCCACCUCCUCCGCCGGCGACCACGCCCACGCCGUCGUGAUAAAUGCCCUAACCAACCGGGGCUGGUGCUUCAGAGACGUAUCUUACCUGAAAUCUCUUGUCAAUGAUAUAUACUCCUUGAUUGGCGGCGGUAAUCAAACAAGCGCGGUGGUGGAGUCAGUGGAGGCCGAGCUGCUUAACAUGGAUAUUAGGUUAAUCGGAGGCAAGUCCCUCCCUGACUCAACAGAGUUACGCAGGUGUUCUCAUCUCCAAGGCCCCAAAGUGCUCCAGAUAAGUUCUGUUAGGGAUGUUACAAGAAGUAGCGCAGAGGAAUUCCUGGGAAAUUCAAAUGGUAAACGAGUGCUCAAAUUCGCUCUGACUGAUGGGAAGACUGAGAUAUCCGCACUUGAGUACUCUCAUAUUCCAUCGAUUAGCAGUGAUGUGAUUCCUGGUACUAAGGUCCGUUUAGAAAAUAAGGCUGUGGUACGUGACGGUCUAGUAUGUUUGACUCCGAAAGAGGUGACUUUAUUGGGCGGUAAUGUGCCAUCACUCACUGAAGAAUGGCAGAUGAAGAAAAAAUAUGCUAGUUUGGCUAGUUCAUCUGGAAGGAAAUCUCAGGAAAGCAAAGCUGGUGAUGGCCCUCCCCCAUUUGAGGAGUUGCAGAUCCGAAGAGGUUCCCAUCACCGUGAUUACAACAAGACGACUUCGAGGAACAUCAUACCUACUGCUGCAGAAAGCAACGUAAAACACACCGGCGGAGAAAAAGGUGAAAGUAGUGAAGCUGGUGGGAACAAACAAGGUACAGAUAAGAAUUUACAACGGAAUCCUGCAGAUUCUGAUCCAAAUAUAUCUGUCAAAGUUGAAAAUCAGGAAAAGCCAAGCAGUUCAGACACAAGACCUAAACAAGUGGUGGAAGCUAUUCCUUUACAGAACCAAGCGGCUGCGCAGAUACUUCUUGAGAAAAUGAAAAAUUCGAGUUCAAAUGACCGGCAGUACCAAGGAAGAAGAGGUAGAGGUAGAGGUAGAGGUAGAGGGAGGGGGAGAGAAGAAGAAGACUCUGCAGUGUUUACACUGGAGGAGUGGGAAAAGAGGAAUACUGGCGGGGGAGUUCUUGCAACGGCAGACCAUCCAAGCGACACCACCCGCGAUGAAGAUCUUGCAUGGCAGCUUCAGAAUCAGUUUGAUUUGGAAGACUCUUAUGGACAGGAGAUGCAUGGAACCGGGGCAGUGGAUAUCAGAAUGAAUAUGUUUGAUUACGGAAGACCAGACAAUGACUUUGGCCAUGGAAGGGGAAGAGGGGGAAGAGGGGGAAGGGGAAGAGGAAGAGGGCGGGGAAGAGGACGGGGAAGAGGACGUGUGUAGAUUGUGUAAUGCAAUCAUCCAGGCUUGCGGUGAUUAAACCAAACUUCAUCAUUUACAUCUGUAUAUCUUUUAUUGAGAGCAUUAUAGAUUCUUCGGGAAUAACUCAUGUAUGCUUUGGUCCUCACAGUCACAGGUGUAGCAGCUCUGAAUCUGUAUGUACAUGGUGUUUUUAAUGUUUCAGUUAACCGUGAGAAGUUUUGAAUUUUA